AUGAUGGCCACUAGGAGGGCCGAGGAAGGGGAGGUUGGAAAUGACUCGGCCAGUGCGCCGUCCACGUCGAACGAACGACAGCAAGAAGAAACACAGGCGGCGAGCGCGUCCUCAGCGCUUGAACUCGAGACAGCGACCCCUGACUCGAAGGAUGCGAUUCAGGUCUUAGUUGCUUCGCUUGCACUAGACGAUAAUAGUGAUGCGAAAGCGAACAAUGACGAUGGCGACGACGAGAAGAGAAGGUCAUCGGACAAUAUGGCUGACGACAAGGACACAGAGUGCACAAACGUUCCUGCGCCUAGCCCGUCGCUAUUGAAACCGUGCAUGGAGCCUGCGCUGAUAGACGCUCUUCGCAACCCACGGGACCGCAUCUUUAUUUCCAAGCAUGCAAAGGAUUUUGAAGAAAGGAUCAAAGACACCAGCUGUCAGCAAUGGGAGCUCCCUCUCAUGAACACCUAUCAGAGGCUUUUGGUACAUAAGGUGGCCGACCAUUUCAACUUACAGCACAAUCUUGAGCCCACCACGAAGGCAAUCAUCCUCAACAAGCAGGAAUCAACAGCAAUCCCGGAAAAAAGCCUCAUUGAACUGGUCGAGUGCGAGCGACUGUCGGAGCCUUCUUUCACGCUCGCUACUCCGCCGUCGGGCAUGUCUGGGCUACCCGCUGGGACCGCAAGCGCCGGCAUCAAGAUCAUGAAGCGAGAUGUCUCGAGAUCUCAGUCACCCAGAGUGUCUGCGGGCGAGGAUGCAAAGGACCGCAGGAUGUUGACAAUGGCGGAGAAAGAGACCAAGUAUCGUGAGGCAAGGCAGAGGAUCUUUGGCGAAGACGAGACGGCUGAGGCCGGAAGCAGCAAAAAGUCAUCUGCCUCAGCGACUCCCUCGCAAAUAAGCGACGUACAAGGAGUCGAGCGACAAUUGAGCGAGCGAAGCCAGAAUCUUUCCUCUUCAUCUCCCCCUUCUCCCUCAUUUGUCAGGUCGACUGCCAAGCCUUACCCGGCUGUCAGAACAUCGGCAACGCCGCCUUUGCACGAUCCGUACCAAUCUUCUCAAUUUCAGGCCUACAAUUCCCACGCAUCUGCCAGCAACCAGUACCCGUACGGCUACCCAGCCAUGGGCCAGCCUUGGGCUCAAUACCCUCCAGCCAACUAUGCCAACUUUGCCAGUUCGGGACAAAAUCGGCCUUUCUACCACUUUCAGCAACAGACAGGUCCGGGCCCCUACGCGUGGUCGGGACCUCAGGGCGAAAGCGCUGGCAUCGUUCCUCAGGCUCAAGCAAGCCCAAGUGCCAGCAGCCGCUCGACAAGCAUCAGUACAGAUGCAGGAAGCGUGACUGGAGGCGAGGGAAGCGGGAGCGAGACUAGAAGCGCCAAGAGAUCCGGCCCGCCCACGCCGUUUUCCUAUGGUGGCAGUGGUGCACCUUUGCCUGCGUCUCAACUGCCGAAUCAGCAAUGGUACCCUUACUCUUACCAAGCUGGUCCCGAAAGCAUGCCCCCGGGGAACUACGUCUAUCCAGCCUGGGCUGCCGCUGGCCAGCCACCACAGCCGCAAGCAGGUUAUGGUAGCAGCCACCCCACACUACAUCACCGACACUCGACGGGUGCUUCCGGUCGUGAGCAUCGUGUCAGUGCGUCGGAUCCCCAAAAUAGGGCCAAUGCGCGGCCCACACAGCAGCUGGUGCGACCGCCUUUUCUUGGUCAAAGCCCGGGCGUGUCUCCUUCGGUGUCACCGACCGCCCAACUCAAUUUCCGGCCUCCUUCGCCCACGAAUUCUAUCAAUUUGCAAGGCAGCGGCAGCAGUGGCAGCGGCAGUACCGGUGGCCUCGGGAGGGGCCGGAGAGGUGAUCGCGCAUUAUACGAUCCCAAUGCUCCGCCAGGAAGCGCCAGCCCAAUGUCACCGGCAUCUAAUGGGCAAGGAGAGAAACAGCCGGUGGGCAAGAGCGCUUCAGCGGGUGCGCUGCUGGGCAACGGCAGUACGUCUGCCAAGGCCUCAAAUAGAGUCCUUUCACAUCCCUCACUACCGCGGCGGCCUGACUGGGCCGUCGACCCUUGA